GUCGACUACACAGAAGGAAAAAAACCUUACGGUGUGCACACAGGUGUGUAAUGACAACAUUCGUAAUAAGAAACACGGAUACUCGCAUGCCUAUUUCAAUUUCAGCAAGGUGAAUGUUACAGGGAUUAACAUUGUUUAUAAAUCAUGAUCGGUGACAUGUGUACGGUGUAGAUACUUGUAAGAUCGCUCUGCUGUUUCUGUGAAUAUAAACUUGCUUUGGACAUUGAUUACAGUGAUAAAGACACUGGGGUCACAACAAAGAUACUCUGUAUGAGGUAACAUACUUCAUUCAUGAUAACACUUGAUAUAACGUGUAUAUUUUAAAUUAUUCACUUGGAUUCUAUGUCCACAUAUGAGAAAAGAUUGCCAAGAUUGAGAAGUCCUUAUCUUUACGUAAUCGGCAACAAUAGUCCAUUUGUAUCCAGAACAAAAGUAACAAUGGCGUCUAAUUACCCCAGUCCGAGCGAACAAAGCCCUAAAUAAGUUGGCACAGGUAAAAAUCAACUCGACCCCAGCGUGUUUACGACGCAGCAAUGCAAGUGGAAAAGACCAGAAAAGAAAAAUAAGAAACAAGAUCAAACAGCAUGGACUUAACAGAAAGCAUUACUGUUGACGAACUACGAUCCAUUCAAGCCACUCUGUCAGAGAUAAAAAGUGAAACGAUAAGAAAAUCCGACGUAAAGGAAACCAUUAUUCAAAUGAAACAUGAAAUAAAGCAGGCGCUGAAGGAGGAUUUUAAGCAAGAAAUGCAACAAUAAUUGACGGAUAGACUCAGCCUCCUGAACGAGAAAAUAGAUUCCCUGUAUCUGGAAAACGCACCCCUGCUUGUGAAACUCUCCAACCAAUUCAGUGACACAGGAAGACUUUGGACAAAUUAAAAGAAAUCAGUCAUUUGGCGAAAAUAGCUGUGCAAAUGGCAAACCACAACCAGCAGUACUCGCAGAAAAACAACAUUAAGGUUUUAAACUGGCCGGAAAAACCAAAAGAAAAUCUAAAGAGGGACCUCUGCCGCGUCUCGAAGGAAAAGGUAAAUGUGGACAUCAGCCCCACCUCAAUUCUGGGAAUCCACAGAAUACCAGGUUACAUCGGUGGCGCAAGACCCGUCAUAGCCAAAUUCGUGAACACCGAGGAAAAACAGUUAUCAAGCAUAGACAAGUGCUUAAAGGCUAAUGGUACCCUAUUCUACUCUGAUGCUGACAUUGAUGCUGACUGGACCCACUACAUAUACUUAUAUGUGGAGAACGGAGUAUUGAAGGUAAAUGCAAACUUGUUUAUUCAGGUUGAAUAA